AUGGAGUCACCGGCGGGAUCGACAAAUCGGAAGGGAAGAGGGUUCGUGAAGGGGAAGCUGAUGCAGAUGCCAUUCUAUAGAGCAGCAAAGCAGCCUUCAUCAACUACAACUACUAGUGUGCAAUAUUCAAGCAAGGUCUACAAGCCAACCCAAACUUCGCCUUCAACAGGGUACGUGGACUAUGUGAUUGCUCCUUCACCAAAGCACCAGAAGGUGGCCUUUAUCAAUAUUAUUAAUCCAGAGAAUACCAAACAAUUUGAGGCCCUUUUUGGGGUUGCUGCAGAUGAAGCUGUUGAUAUCAAGGCCACAACCUACAUUUCUGCUGUUCAAGAGAGGUUCAGGCUUGAAGGAAUCAAUCAUGCUUGA